ACACACACACACACACACACACACACACACACACCCAACCACACACACACACACACACACACACACACACACACACCUGCUUAGAGAAAGGAGAACAUUAUAAACUCUCAGACAGCGCCGGACUCUCGUUAUCAUACUAAGCUCCCAGAGGAUAACGAGACAAACUCCAUAAUCAGGAUAAAAUGAAGAAUCCUGUUUCCUUGCCAGUAUUUUUGCUGCUGUUACUACAGAAUGUUCCUGUUGUUCCUGUCACAGUCACCACCUCCAGCCCCGUAGUAAAAGUAGAGGAAUACUCAGAGGCCAGGCUUUCUUGUGAGUUUAAGACAGAGAAAGAUCAGAAUCCUCGCAUCGAGUGGAAGAGAAAGGAAACGGGCACGUCCUUUGUGUACUUUGAUAACAACUUCACAGGACCUUUUGUGGGACGUGCAAAGAUCGAAGGGGCAACAAUAACAUUACAGAAGGUGACCCUGAAGGAUGCUGGAGAAUAUCGCUGUGAGGUCAGCGCUUCUACAGACUCAGUCCAACUGGGAGAGGCAAAUAUCACUCUAAAAGUGUUGGUACCUCCACACACGCCGACCUGUGAGAUCCCGAGUUCUGCACUUACUGGGUCUGUAGUGGAGCUGUACUGUAAAGACCAGUACAGUAUUCCUCCAGCAAGUUACACCUGGUACAAAGACAAGAUGCCAGUCUUGCCAUCGCGCCAUGCCAAUACCACUUACUCUGUCAACAAGGAGACAGGCAUUCUUGCAUUUCAUAAAGUUACAAUAGCUGACGCAGGACUGUACCACUGUGAGGCCAACAAUGGGGUUGGAAAGUCAAAGAGCUGUGUAGGAAAUCACAUGGCAAUUGAUGAUUUAAAUGUUCCAGGGAUCGUGGCCGGGAUUGUAAUUUUAUGCCUCGUUGUAUCUUUAUGCACUCUUGGGGUCUGUUAUGCUCACCGACAAGGCUACUUUAACCGACACAGAGGAAGGUCAUUCUGGAUCCAACAGUGUCAUGGAGUGGCUCACAUCAGCAGCCAGAACCUCAACAGAUCAGAGGACAUCCCUCAUGCUGGUUAUGGACCUCCUUCACAGAAUGUUCAGGACUUCAAACACACGCAGUCAUUUAUGCUGUAAGAAGCUUUAAUAGUUCCUCCAAAAACACACACACACACACAUACAUACACACACACACACACACACAUACACACACAUACACACACACAUACACACACACACACACAUACAUUUACAGACCCUGUACCCUGAAAGUGGAGACUGGUGAUCCGGACACAGAACCAUUUUUCCCCCCGUGCAGGACGGUAAUGUGGAUCUAUCGAUCCUCUAAAAAGACUUAAUCUGUAGCUCAAGUCAAUCAGUGAAUUUGUAUCAGCCCACCUCUCUGCUGGGUUCUUUUCCCACUACUGCCUUCUGGUGGAUACAGUAUGCACACAAACAUAAUCUGAGCUGAAAUGUGCCACACUUUGAAAUGUUUUAAAAAAGUGUGAGUCUCGCUAAAGCAUGGUAUGUUGUUACAGAAUUGUUAACUUGAUGUUUCCUGCGUCUCCUUGUGCCUUGCUAAGGGAACAUUACUAGCACUUGCAUAAAUAAACACAAUAAACAUUAACCAAGAAUUGCGCUUUCUAGAAUGUUACCCGUGAGUAAAAACGAUCUUUUACUGGAUGUAAUUAUGACUAUAUUUGUAUUUUGAACGGUGCCUUUUUAUUUGAACUGUACAGUAACUGUUUUGAUUGAAAUGCAUGAGUGAUUUGCUGUAUAUUUUAUCAGUAUUAAAAGACCUUUUCUUGUUUUUGCUAA